GCCAUGACCAGUCCGAUCCGAUUCCUUCCCCUUCCUCCUUUCCCUAGGUACUCGUGCAUAUUCGCGGCGGUCCGCUGCGCCCUAGACAGUCCACAGCUCCGGGGGCCGCGCGGCAUACCCUGCAUAAGCGCGCCGGCUGAGUAGAUACAGUAUUGCCGUUUCCGCCAUUCUCGCCGUCUACAGCCGUCGUUUCUUUCGUCGACCGCUGUAACUUCUAAUUCCUUUCGCAGCAUUCGCCCAGCGCACCUUGUUCGCCAUUGCCGUCCCCUAAGCCCUCGGCCGCGUACCAUUAUCUCACCUUUGCUAACCGCGUUCGUUGCGCGCGCAGCGUCCCAAUCGUAACAGAACCGUCGAUUUGAAGCACAGAUCCCUCUUUUCUCUCGUUUCCGAAUAAGCGUCUGCCGUCUCUCGCCUGGCGACAGUGUAGAGCGAGAGAAGCGCGGAAGGCGCGGAAGGCGUGGGAGGCGUGGGAGGCAGAAUGGAGGGCGGCAGGGGAUGGGAGGAUCUGCUGCAGAGGAGCCAGCAGCAGCUCUCGCGAUUCGCCGCGACAGAGUCCGAAUUCCCUCCCAUCCAGCGGAGUCUGGACCAGCUGGAGGUGCUGUCGCAGCAGCUACGGGCGCGCACGUCGCGGCUGGACGCAGUCACAGAGACCAACGCCGCCACGCGUCUGUUGGCGCGCGAGGGCAUUAAUGCGGAGCAGCUGACCAAAGACCUCCGAUCCGUGCAGCUCAAGACGACGUUUGAGGAUGUGCUACCAGUGGACGCAGCUAGCGUGGAGGAAUACCUCACCCAGGUGCACGAGACCAGUCUGGUGAUGGCGGUGCAGGCAGCAGUGCGCGAGAACACCGCCUCCUUCGAUUCCUUCAUGGCUCAAGCCAUCCAGGACGACUGGCAGCGCGAGAAGCGCGACCUGCUCCACGGGCUCACCCGCCUCCAACCUUCCUCCUUCUCCUCUGGUGGUGCUGGUGGUGGUGGUGCUGCUACGCCUGUCAAGGCCCUCAUGCCUCGUUUCCAGUCCCCACUCUCUCCUGCUGCUGCUGCUGCUGCUGCUGCUGCUGCUGCUGCGGCGUCUCCUGCGGGGUUUGCGUCGCCAGGGGGGGACAGGCGGGGGGCGGGGGCAGGAGGGGUGGGGGAGGCGAGGGAGGUGGCGUAUGCGCAGGUGGUGGGGGAGAUGAAUGCGGCCGCGGAGCAAGGGGUGGUGCUGAAGGUUGCGACUGCCAUGGGGGCGGCAUAUGAGCGUGCAGCAGGGGGGGAGGCGAGGGGCGAGGAGCAGCAAUCGGUGGGCACGCGGCAGAUCUGGCAGCUGGUGCAGGGCCUAUUGGGGGAGGACGAGCAGCAGCAGUCAGCAUCAGCACCAUCAUCAUCAGCAGCAGCAGCGGCCUCGUUCCUGCCUGCUGACCGCAUGGGCAUGGUGGGGGGGGCAAGGCGGCACCUGGAGAAGGGCCAUGCGCAGUACAUGCUCAAUGUGAUCCAGUCACACCCCAACGAGGCAUCACUGGGCGGCUCCACUGGCAGUCUUCACCGCGUGCGAGCCUUCCUCAGAGUGCGGCUGCGCGAUCAGGGCCCGUUGGACUUUGACGCCACGCCAACCACCCGCCUGCCGCCGCUCGACACCACAUGGCACCAGAUCUUCUACUGCCUUCGCUCCGGCUUCACCAACGAUGCUCUGCACGUCGCUCAAACCUCCCGCUCCGCCCGUGCCUUCGCUCCCCUGCUUGCCACGUGGCUCUCAUCCAACGGCUCGAUCAACCCCGCCACGUCAACAGCAGCAGCAGACGAGUGCGACCGCAUGGCUCGCACAGCUUCCCACGCUGCCCUCUCCCGGCCAGGCGCACCCUUCGCAGGAGCGGGCGCAGCAGGGGGCGGAGUAGAUCGACGCAAGCUGCUGCUAUACGUGCUCAUCUCAGGGCGAAAGGCCCUGGCGGAUCGGCUGCUACGCGAGGCCCCAUCCCUCUUUCCCACCAUAGAGGACUUUAUGUGGUUCCAUCUCGCUAUCCUGCGCCAAGCAGGGCCCGCCUCUCGCUCCCAAACCUCCCCUGGUGGUCUUGCAUUCCCCGGUCGGGAUCUAGGGGGUUUGGGGACCGGAGUUGGUGGGUUCGGGUCUGCUGGUGCAGAUGCUGCUGCUUCUGCUGCUGCUGCUAGUGGGGUGUAUUGCACCCUUGAGGGCCUACAGGCGUACCUGUCCCGGUUCGACCCGUCCUAUUACACCAAGAAUGGCAAGGACCCCCUGGUCUACCCCUACGUGCUGCUGCUGAGCCUACAGCUGCAUGCGGCGGUGGUAUACCACCUGGAGAGCAUCGAUGUGGUGGACGCGGUGCACCUAGGGAUUGCCUUGGCCCACUCUGGCUGCCUGCAGCUGUCGCUGAGAGGAAGCGGUAGGGGAGCAGGAGCGGGAGGGGGAGGAGCAGCGUCGGUGGUGGACGCAGAAGCGGACGUGGCGGGGAUCAUUCGCAAGUACGCGGUGUCUGUGUUCCUGAGAGCCGGAGACGUGCGCACGGCCCUGGAGUACUUUGCUGUCGCUGCUGAUGUGAUCGCAGGGGGGGGGGUGGCAGGCAGAGGAGGCGCCAACACGACUAGGGAGCAGAGGAGACGCAGGGCGACGGUGAUGGAGGCAACGGUUAGAGAGGUGCUGAGGAGCAAGAGAGGGAUUGAGGAGCUGCUGGGGAGUGGAGGAGGGAUCGGGGGAGCGGAGGUGGUGGGAGUGGGAGGAGGAGGAGGGGGAGGCGGGGGGUCGCUGGGGCGGUUUGUGGCGGAGGAAGGGGCGCAGAGGCAGGUGGUGCUGGGUGCGGCGAAGGACUGCCAAGACAUGGGGCAGGAUGAGGAGGCCAUUCACCUGUACCGGUGGGCGCGUGCCCCAGCCGCUGCUCUGCUCCUCGUGAACGACCGCUUCUCCCAGGCGCUGGCAGCUGUGGCAGCAGCAGCAGGGGCUGGUAGCACCGACAGCACGGCAGUGAGAGCGGCAUCUGCUCAUGCUGCUCUGGGGAACCAGAUCAUUGGGGAGGCUCCUCCUGCCGCCACUGCUGCUGCUGCUGGUAGCGCUGCUGCUGCACUGCCAGCCGGGGCAAGUUUCCCUGAUCGCUCAUCACUUGCAGAGCAGCAGGUGGCCUUCCGCCAGCUAGAGUCCAUAUUCCGCUUCUACCUGGACUACGCCUCCUCGCGCCUCCCCUCAGCGCUCCAGCACCUCUCCGGCCUCCCCUUCCUGCCCUUUGCUGGCCGCUCUCCUGUCGCCUGUGCUGCCGUGCUGCCGAGCCUGCACCGAGCUGUGGAGGACCGGCUGCCGAAGCUGCUGGAGGACGUGCUGUCUUGCCUGGAUCGGCUGCCGGAUGCCGAUCCUAACGUGCGGGCGCUGAGGAAUAAUGUACUCAACCUUGUAGCAGGCACGCUGCACCGCAACUGGCCUCAGCACAUAUACGAGCUUGCAGCGCGCAUGCACUCCGUGCCUCUAGCAUGAGCCUGGCAGUGGCAGUGUGCUUCUGUGUGAUUAGAGACGACUUUUUGUCAAAGUGAACCACGUGUUUAGGGUGGCCAGGAUCUAGAGUUGGUGGAACCACGAGUAAAAGUCAGCGGAAGACUUAACACCUUGUAUUGGAAAUGUCCGAAAUGACAAGGAUAAUCAUAAUGGAUAAGAGAAACAUAUUUAUAGUUUAGGAAGUGCCUAUUCAGAUGUACCUCAUUCUCUGCCCAUACCUUCAUCCCUCUCUGCCCAUCCCUUCAUCCCUCUCUGCCCAUCCCUUCACCCCUCUCUGCCCAUUUCUACAUCCCUCUCUGCACAUUCCUUCAUCCCUCUCUGCCCAUCCCUUCAUCCCUCUCUGCCCAUUCCUUCAUCCCUCUCUGCACAUUCCUUCAUCCCUCUCUGCCCAUUCGUUCAUCCCUCUCUGCCCAUUCCUACAUCCCUCUCUGCCCAUUCCUACAUCCCUCUCUGCCCAUUCCGACAUCCCUCUCUGCCCAUUCGUUCAUCCCUCUCUGCCCAUCCCUUCAUCCCUCUCUGCCCAUCCCUUCAUCCCUCUCUGCCCAUACCUUCAUCCCUCUCUGCCCAUACCUGCAUCCCUCUCUGCCCAUUCCUUCAUCCCUCUCUGCCCAUUCCUUCAUCCCUCUCUGCCCAUACCUUCAUCCCUCUCUGCCCAUACCUUCAUCCCUCUCUGCCCAUACCUUCAUCCCUCUCUGCCCAUACCUUCAUCCCUCUCUGCCCAUUCCUUCAUCCCUCUCUGCCCAUUCCUACAUCCCUCUCUGCCCAUACCUUCAUCCCUCUCUGCCCAUUCCUUCAUCCCUCUCUGCCCAUCCCU